AUGGAACAAAAAGGAGAUUAAAGAAAACAAGAAGCGUUAGAUUAUUUGACAUUCAAAUAGCACUAUUGUGUUGAAAAAUUUCUAGAUGAAGGAGGCCAAGCAUGGGUUUAUAAAGUAGUCAAAGAUAAAAUUCCAUAUGCAGCGAAGAUUGUAGACUUGGAAAGAUUUUAGCAUUAGAAAUCUAAUGUCAGUAAAGAAGAUUAAUUCAAAUAAAUGCUUAAUGAGGAAAUAAGACUGGUAUAAGCCUUAGAUCAUAAUAAGAAUAUAGUUGAAGCUCCUGUAGAAUAAAUUUAUACUGGUAAGGCCUGCUAUCUCAUCCAAAAAUUCUAUAAUAGAGGAAAUUUAUAGAAUUAUUUAGAAUAAUAUGCUGAAAGUGAAGAGAUACCAGAUGAGGGAACUAUAGCUCAUGUUAUAGGAAGUGUAGUGAGAGGAUUAGUAGAUAUUCACAGAAUAAAUAUAGUUCAUUCAGAUCUAAAGAUACAAAACAUUUUAAUUCACGACCCUUCAGAUUAAGAAAAAACUAAAAAGAAUGCUGCUGAUUUAAGUCACUGUGAAAUUGCUAUAUGUGAUUUUGGCUUUGCUAUCAUGACAAAGAGAAAAUAUGAUGACUUAGAAGUAGCGAAAGGAGGAUCAUUAUUCUAUUAUUCUCCAGAACAGUUAUUUAAUGACAUAUAAUAAGUAUCUAAAGCUAGUGAUAUCUGGGCAAUCGGAGUAAUCACUCAUUUAUUAGUAUUCAAGAGAUAUCCUUUUUUAAACUAAAUUCUCAAUCAAGAUUUCGGGCAUCUGGAUCCAGAGGUGAAAAACUUACAAGUAAAUGCAGAAAAAAUACCAAAUAUUGAUUUGAAAUUAUUCAGAGCAAGUUUCAAAAAAUUGAUGAAAGAGAAAAAAUUAUAAUUGAAUAUUCAAGAGAGUCGACCGCUAAGCAUAGAACUCAUUAAUUUCAUAGAUAAGUGCUUUAAAUUGGAUCCCUCAAAAAGAUCUACUGCCGAAGAGCUUUUGAAUCACCCGUUUGUUAGGAAAUAAAAAUCAGGGCUAUUUAUUAAAAAUCCGUUCGAAAUAAGUUUUAUAGAAGAACGUGAUUAUUUUGAAACUUAAUGA